GCGCGCAGCAAGGACUCGGAAGUACGGGCGGAAGUGGCGUGCGGACGCUUUCGGAGAGGCUUGGCGGAGUGAAGAGCGACGCCACAAAGAGUGUGUGCGGCCUGAGGACGCCGCUCCCGGCCGCCAUGAACCGGCUGUCGGAUGACAACGACCCCUAUGCGGUGGAAGAGCCCAGCGACGAGGACCCGGCCUUGAGCAGUUCUGAAGAUGAAGUGGAUGUGCUUUUACAUGGAACUCCAGACCAAAAGCGAAAACUGCUCAGAGAAUGUCUCACUGGAGAAAGUGAAUCAUCUAGUGAAGAUGAAUUUGAAAAAGAAAUGGAAGCUGAGUUAAACUCUACCAUAAAAACAAUGGAGGACAAGUUAUCCUCUCUGGGAACAGGGUCUUCCUCAGGAAGUGGGAAAGGUGGAGCGGUUGUGACGAAGUACUAUGAUGAUGUAUAUUUUGAUUCUGAUUCUGAGGAAGAAGACAGAGCAGCAGGGGAGACCAAGAAAAAAAAGAAGAAACGAUACAGGAUUCCAACAAAUGAUGAAUUACUCUAUGAUCCUGAAAAAGACAACAGAGACCAGGCCUGGGUUGAUGCACAGAGAAGGGGUUACCAUGGGUUUGGCCUGCAGAGACCACGCCAGCAACAGCAGCCGGUUCCCAAUAGUGACGCUGUGCUGAACUGCCCUGCCUGCAUGACCACUCUGUGCCUGGACUGCCAGAGGCAUGAAUCUUAUAAAACUCAGUAUAGAGCAAUGUUCGUGAUGAAUUGCUCUGUCAACAAGGAGGAGGUUCUAAGAUACAAAGCCCCGGAGAACAGGAAGAAAUGGCGAGGCCGGAAGAAGAUGAGGUCUAACCAGGAAGACGCUGUGCAGCAGGUGGAGACGGAUGUGGAGGAAACCUACCACCCAGUGCUGUGCUCCGAGUGCUCCACGGAGGUGGCCGUCUUUGACAAGGAUGAAGUCUUUCACUUCUUCAACGUUUUAGCAAGCCAUUCCUGAUUGUGUGACUCCAUUUCAUUGCCUGAUGCUGCAGCUGAGGCCGAUGUGGACGGUUCCCUUGCUCCUGCCUGCUCGUUGUGGUAGUAGGAGUUGUCACCUGAGGAAAUGGUAUCUUGUCUUUAUGGAUGAGAACAGUUAUCAGCCGUCAUCAUUUCUCCCUCUUUUUUAUCCUUUAAUUUCAUUUCUUCCUAAUACCAACAAGACUAAUAUUCGUUCCGUCUUCUUGAUGGGCAUUUGGAAACUGUGGGGUUUUUCUCUUAUUAAAAGCUCUUUAGAACUGAAA